AGUCGAAAUCGCGAUGUCAAACAAGCGUAUACGCAUUCCCGCGCUCCGACUGUUUACAUUAUUAUACGGAAAAAUGUUUUCCACAGAUUAUACAAAGUUAUUUUUAUGAUUGUAAAAAAUACUGGCCUCUUCUGGUUCGGAUGCGCUCAGAAGCAGUGCGGUUUUGAAAUUGGAAUCGUGUUGCCGCGGUUUUCUCAUUUUCAUACAGUGACGUUUCUUUUCAAGUUUUAUUUGUUCAGUUACUUUUUAGUGUCCAUGGUGUGGUUUAGUGUGUUUUAUUUUGUUUCUUGUGGAUUUUCUUCGCAUCAUCGUGGAACGUAGCGUUUGAUACAAUUAAGUUUUUGACCGGCGCAUGGGUAGCGGCCACCAUGUCGGGGAUGACGGGCGCCGGCAUGCUGCGCACGCGCAGGAAAGAUGUCAACGUCAAACCCAACCGGAAGUUGGACCGAAAGUCAUCCCGUGGCAUGCUCUACGAGAACGAGGAGCUGCGCCUGCGCACCAUCAACAUCAACGCGGAAGUCGAACGAGGCCAAUCAGACAUAAAGAAGCUGAAGCGAGAGAACGAGCAGUUAAAGCGAGAGAUAUCAGCUCUGAGAUACGAAUACGACCGGUUGGACAACAUGCUGCGCGAGCGCAGGUCCUCGCCUGAACACUCGGACGACAGCGCGUCGGUGUGCAGCGCCUGUCCAGAGUGCGCAAGCGCAGAUGGGUCGGCACGCGCAGUCGCGUUCCACGACCUCAGCGUGGUGCCUGAGGAGGGAGAGCAGGAGGGAAAUAAGAGUGGCGUCGAGUCUCCAUGUACUUGUGAAGAGUGCCAGGAAGAAACGAAGCCCGUAGCCAAGAAACCUGCAGCCAUGCCACAAACAAGCCCGACUAUUCAAACACCCACACAAAAACAAAAUGGCCAAGAACGAGCAGUCGAUGUGUUAAUACAUGACGCUCCACCUGAGACACCCAGGUUCUUCGAAUCAGUAGCGUCACCGCCGUAUCACGUGACAGUCCCGCCACCUCCAGGGUUCGUCAUAGCUCCGUACCAAGCGCCAAGGUUCCACACAGGAGGCAAUGUCGAAGACCUUCUAGGUGAUGUCCAAUCUUCACCGACUUUACAAACGACGUUCAUACAACAGAACUCUGUCUUCAUGUGCAACACCAGGAAAGUCAUGCAACGCCAAUGCUGCUGUCAAAAACGAGAACAGAACAUUCCACCGCCACCUCCACCUCCCGAGCAGAACGGAGAAAAUAACAGCCCAAAGUCAUAUGUGACGGAGAAGAAUAUAGAAUUAACGUACGAUUAUCCAAAGGCAAUACCUGUACCGAGCAGUUCCAGUCCAAAAUCUGAUGAUAUGACGACUACGACUGAAGUUGCAAGCACUGUUGUAUUUGUCGAAAGAAGGAUACCGGUUAAGCCAAAGAAGUUCGAUUUCUUCUUCAGAUCUCGAUCGGCUCCCGUCGGAGACAACGAGGAGCCAAUUUACGCGACUGUCAACAAAUUACCAAAAAGAUUACGGCGUAUGGAGCUAGCGAACUUGGAGAAAGAAGUGGCGUACAAAACUGGGGAGCCUGAUUCUUCAACACGAACUGAUUUGACGUUGAAAACUGAUUCAGAAUCGCAGCUGCCUCCUCCUGAUGAUGACACGAGUAGAUCAGAAAGGGAAAAGUCGACAGCUCCAAAGAGACCGGAUUCUCCUAAAGCUAAGAAGCGGAAACGAUUCUCUUUGACGUUUAAGAAGAGGGAAAGGAAAAGAAGGGAGAAAAAGAAGGAGCCAAAGAAAGAAGUCAAGAAUGGAGUGCCGAAGAAUGGAUUACCGGUUCACGUGGAGAGCGACAAUGAGAGGCUGAUAGAGGAGGUUCAUGAGUUGGCGAAGCACAAACACUGCAGCAGACAUCGGCCGAGGAAUACCAUGUCGUCUUCCAGCUCAGGCCCGCGUUAUAAGCGGGAUAGCUAUCAGGAAAUGACAACCUCCCACUCGGAACACGAGCACACCAACAGCGUCUGCUCCUCAGUCAACUCGCUGAACUCAGCCUGCACGCACAAGUCCAGAAAGCUGUCAGCUCCUGUCAACGACGGGUCCAUUCCCUGGUGCGGCUGCUGGGGCGCCGGCUGCGUGUGACCAAGGGUUUAGAACAUAAUCCUUUUUCUCUGAGUGUUUUCCCGGUUGCUUCCCAGCCAUUGAGCGUCAGAGCCCAGGGAAGAACAACUCCUUUAAAUACUUACUAUCCGGUCUCAGUGACCGAAAAUUAGUUUAGGCCUCCAACACACAGUCGCAUGCUACCAUCCCUGGAUUCGCGCCAGCUCACCUGUAGUUUUAGGACAAACUUGCAGAAAACCAUUUUUAAUGUUACUUAAAUAAAUAGGAUAUAGCCUAACUAUAAUAGCAUUUUUUAAACCAGAAAGUUUAGUUUAAUUUACAGUUAUUAGGUCUAAAUAUAGACACUUCUAUGCAUCAAUUUGCGUCAAUAUUAAAUAGUUUCAUAACUUUUAUCAAUUUAUAAAGAGAACGGAUUUAAACGAACUAAAAUUUGUUGGUAUUACAAUACCAAAUAAAAUGGUCAUGAUUGGUUGAUAAACUCCCAGUGUUGCCAGCCAACAGGAUCAGCACCUCAUUUAUUUUCAUCACUUUCUUGACAGACGGAUGGAAAUUGGGGAAAUAAUAUGUUAACAUAUCAAUAUUAUAUACGUAAUUUCUGAGUCGAACCUGUCUUCGUAUUUUCUAAAUAUCUUAUAACAUGUUGCAUAUUUAGAUUUAUUACGAAUAUAACAAAGAUAAUCUGUGAUUUUAUUAGUAUUUGCUGUUGUAUAUAAUUUAUAACGUGUAUGUUGAAUGGCGAAUAAAAUUUUGUAUGUAA